GUGCUGUAAGGGCUCGGGGCUGACGCGGGGUAAUUCCUCUCCUGCAAUAACUUUGGGAUGCAAGUAUGCACUUUUUUCAGUAGAAGAUGGUAAACUUGGAGAAUGACCAUGGAGAAGGGGAUGAGUUCUGGAGAAGGGCUGCCUUCCAGAUCAUCUCAGGUUUCAGCUGUUAAAAUAACAGCCAAAGAGUUGGAAACAAAGCAGUCCCAUAAAGAGAAGCGAGGGGGCUUUGUGUUGGUGCAUGCAGGUGCAGGUUAUCAUUCGGAAUCCAAAGCCAAGGAAUAUAAACAUGUAUGCAAACGAGCUUGUCAGAAGGCAAUUGAAAAGCUACAGGCUGGUGCUCUUGCAACAGAUGCAGUGACUGCUGCUCUGGUGGAACUUGAGGAUUCUCCGUUUACAAAUGCAGGAAUGGGAUCUAAUCUAAAUCUCUUGGGUGAAAUUGAGUGUGAUGCCAGCAUAAUGGAUGGAAAAUCCUUAAAUUUCGGAGCUGUUGGAGCACUGAGUGGAAUCAAGAACCCAGUCUCAGUUGCGAACAGACUCUUGUGUGAAGGGCAAAAGGGCAAGCUCUCGGCUGGCCGAAUUCCUCCCUGCUUUUUAGUUGGAGAAGGAGCCUACAGAUGGGCAGUAGAUCAUGGAAUACCCUCUUGCCCUCCUAACAUCAUGACCACAAGAUUCAGUUUAGCUGCAUUUAAAAGAAACAAGAGGAAACUAGAGCUGGCAGAAAGGGUGGAAACAGAUUUCAUUCAACUAAAGAAAAGAAGACAAUCAAAUGAAAAGAAUGACUCAGGCACUUUGGACACAGUGGGCGCUGUGGUUGUGGACCAUGAAGGGAAUGUCGCUGCUGCUGUCUCCAGUGGAGGCUUGGCCUUGAAACAUCCAGGGAGAGUUGGGCAGGCUGCUCUUUAUGGAUGUGGCUGCUGGGCUGAAAAUACUGGAGCUCAUAAUCCCUACUCCACAGCUGUGAGUACCUCAGGAUGUGGGGAGCAUCUUGUACGCACCAUACUGGCUAGAGAAUGUUCACACGCUUUACAAGCAGAAGAUGCUCACCAAGCUCUGUUGGAGACUAUGCAAAACAAGUUUAUCAGAACCAUGGACUUGAUUAUAAAGGUUGCUGCCAUCACAGAAUUGGGAGCUGCUGAGCUAUUCACAAUAGGUUCGCCUUUCCUGGCCAGUGAAGAUGGUGUGCUUGGAGGAGUGAUUGUUCUUCGAUCUUGCCGAUGUUCUGCAGAGCCCGACUCCUCCCAAAGCAAGCAGACACUUCUAGUGGAAUUUCUGUGGAGCCACACGACGGAGAGCAUGUGUGUUGGCUACAUGUCAGCCCAGGAUGGGAAAGCCAAGACUCACAUUUCCAGACUCCCUCCCGGCGCCGUGGCAGGACAGUCCGUGGCAAUCGAAGGUGGGGUUUGCCGCCUGGAGAGCCCAGUGAACUGAACCUCAGGCAGAGCA